AUGAAGGCGACGCGCGAGUGGCUGGCCCUUUGUCCAAAGAUAAGGUUGGGGGUUGCGGAGGAGGAGUUCGAUGACCUUUGCUUCCGUUUCGGCGUUGAGCUCGAUGAAGUGACGUCGGAGAAGGAGCUCAUCGAAAAGGAGCUCGGCAAGACCGUAGACGCCUCUGAGGACGUCAUCUACAAGAUUGACGUUCCUGCCAACCGCUACGACCUGCUGUGCAUGGAGGGCAUCUCGCGUGCUCUGCGCAUCUUCAACGGAAAGGAGGAGGCUCCCGACUUCAUCGUCACACCCGCCAAGGAGCAGAUCACCGUCGAGCCUACCGUGGCCCAGGUGCGACCGUUCGUGGUGGGCGCUGUCCUGCGCGGCAUGACCUUCACCGACACCUCGUACAAGAGCUUCAUCGACCUCCAGGAGAAGCUUCACCAGAACAUCUGCAGGAAGCGUUCGCUGGUGUCGAUCGGCACGCACGAUCUCGACACGGUGAAGGGUCCGUUCAAGUACGAGGCCCGCAAGCCGCAGGACAUCUCCUUCGUGCCUCUCAACAUGACCGAGUCCUUCGACGGCGAGCAGCUCAUGCAGAAGCUCGCCGUGGACAGCCACCUGAGGUUCUACGUGCCGAUCAUCAAGGACUCGCCGGUGUACCCCGUGGUGGUGGACGCCGACGGCGUGGUCCUCUCGCUGCCGCCCAUCAUCAACGGCGACCACUCCAAGAUCAAGCUCACCACCACCAACGUGCUCAUCGAGGUCACCGCCACCGAUCUCACCAAGGCCAAGAUCGUCCUCAACACCGUCGUCGCCAUGUUCUCCCAGUACUGCAGCUCCAAGUUCACGGUGGAGGCCGUGAAGGUGGUGGACGCCGCCGGGCAGGCCGUGGACUACCCGGACAUGUCGCAGAGAGAGGAGACCGCCGCCGUGGAGUACAUCAACAAGUCCAUCGGCAUCAACCUGCCCCCCGCUCAGAUGGCUGAUCUUCUGAAGCGCAUGGGCCUGAGCGCGCGUCUGAUCAACGGCGACAAGGACGUGGUGGUGAAGGUGCCGCCCACGCGAAGCGACAUCCUGCACGCGUGUGACAUCAUGGAGGACGUGGCCAUCGCCUACGGCUACAACAACCUCACCCUCACCGUGCCCCGCACGCCCACCGUCGCGCGCCAGCAGCCCCUCAACAAGUUCACCGACCUCCUCCGCAGCGAGGUCGCCUUCGCCGGCUACUCCGAGGCCUUCACCUUCUCUCUCUGCUCGGCCAAGGAGAACUUUGUGAUGCUGAACCGCAAGGACGACGGCAGCGCGGUGUGCAUCUCCAACCCGGCCACGCAGGAGUUCGAGGUGGGCCGCACGAGCCUGCUCAUCGGCCUGCUCAAGUCAGUCAGCGCCAACAAGAACCAGCCCCUGCCGAUCAAGAUCUUUGAGAUCUCCGACGUGCUGGUGAGGGACGACACCGUCGACGUCGGCGCGCGCAACAAGCGCAACCUGGCCGCCGCGUUCUACAACACGUCGUCGAGCUUCGAGGUGAUCCACGGUCUGCUCGAUCGCGUGAUGCUCGUGCUGGGCGUGCCGUUCGACAAGACGGAGGGCUACCACAUCGUUCCGUCGGAGGACUCGGCCUUCUUCCCCGGCCGCCGGGCCGACAUCGUGUGGCGCGGACAGAAGGUGGGCGUGUUCGGCGUCGUCCACCCGCUCGUGCUCAAGCAGUUCGACCUGGCCUACCCGUGCUCCGCGCUCGAGCUCUUCAUCGAGCCCUUCCUCCAGGCCAAGCUCCACGCCACGGCCCCCGCCACCGAGGCCCAGGAGGGCGCCAGCGAGGUUGUUCACGGCUAA